AUGUGCUUGUGGCAUUUGUGGCUAUUUGGUCUAUUACGGGACACACUUCGUUCGGGUAUUGAGAACAACCCGACCGUGUUUUAUCGGCUCAUGCCCGGCUCCACGGCUCAGACCAACAAAUUCCACACAUUCUAUUUACAACAAAGGGCCGACAACGGAUUUACAUGGGCCGAUAUAAAAGUUAACCACCCUCUCGACUACGAGAGUAUCAAGGAAUACAAUCUUACGAUCCGAGUGGAGAACAACGGCGCCCAGCAACUGGCUUCUGAAGCGACGGUGUACAUCAUGCUUGAAGACGUGAACGACGAGAUCCCCCUGUUCACUGAGAGGGAACAAGAGACGGUGCUUGAGGGGGAGCCCAUCGGGACGAAGGUGACGCAGGUCAACGCUAUCGACAAGGACGGAACAUUCCCCAAUAACCAGGUGUACUACUACAUAGUGGAUUCACCGCGGAACGAAGGCAAGGACUUCUUCGAGAUCAGCAUGCAGACUGGGGAAAUCUUCACGAAGGUGGUGUUCGACAGAGAAAAGCAGGGGGCGUACGCGCUAGAGGUGGAGGCCCGCGACGGAGCACCCUCGGCGCGUCCCAACUCCGACAACCAACCCAACUCAGUGACUAAAUUCAUCCGCAUCGGCAUCGCUGACAAGAAUGACAACCCGCCAUAUUUCGACAAAGAGCUGUACGAGGCGGAGGUCGACGAGAAUGAAGACAUCCAACACACCGUACUCACCGUCACCGCCAAAGAUCACGAUGAAUCGUCGCGUAUUCGAUACGAGAUCACGAGCGGGAACAUAGGCGGCGCGUUCGCCGUCAAGAACAUGACUGGCGCCAUCUACGUGGCAGGCGCGCUCGACUACGAAACUAGGAAGCGGUACGAGCUGAAGUUGGCGGCGUCUGACAAUCUGAAGGAGAACUACACGACCGUGGUGAUCCACGUCAAGGAUGUGAACGACAAUCCGCCUGUGUUCGAGAGGCCCACCUAUCGCACGCAGAUCACCGAAGAAGACGACCGAAAUCUGCCGAAACGAGUGCUUCAGGUCCGAUUCGUGAUCACUACCGCUGAAUUCGAUUCUUUGUUGAACGAAUUCAAGCGCCUGCCAGCUAUUGUUUCAAAAGAGAAUCGAAUGAGGCUCCACGGUCCCUGGAUUGACCCUUACAGACACCAUUAG